AUGAAAUUCAUUACUUGCAUUCUGGUCAGUGGGCUGGUAGCGGCAGUGAGCUGCGCUGUAUCUAAAAAAAGUGAGUCUCAAGCCGGUGUGGCUGGACUCCAAGGACUGGUUUCUAGCGGAGAUCUCGUCAAGGCCGUCCAAGCAGGUGGAGCUGCUGCUCAGUCCAAGUCUGGUCGGGGUGGAUCCUCUGCCGCUGGAGCUGGUGGCAUCCAAGGACUAUCGGCGAAAAAUAGCGGAGAUGUCGUGAAAGCGAUUCAAGCAGCUGGUGCGGCUGCUCAGUCUAGAGGUCGCAGAGGAUCUUCUCGAGCUGGAGCUGGUGGAGUUCAAGGAUUACUUUCAAAAAAUAACGGAGGCACUGUCGGACUCGCUCAAGGAGGUGGGGCCGCUGCUCAGUCCAAGGGUCGCGGUGGCUCGUCCAAAGCUGGAGCGGCCGGAUUACAAGGUCUUGUGUCCAACGCGAAUGAUGGUGUCGUAAAAGCCGUACAAUUAGGUGCGGCUGGUGCUCAAUCUAAAUCUAAAAAUUAA